AACGAUGAUCAAAUCGAAUUAAAAAAUAUAUAUUCUUGACCACCUUUUCAAGCUCUAUCAAACCAUAUAUGAAAGAACAAAAAAAAAAAUUCACUGAAAUUUUGCCCUUUGCCGACCUUAUAAAAACCAAAAAUACUUGUUAUAAUGAUAUAUGUUUACUUUCGAAUCUAAAAAUUUCAGAUUAGCAGCGAGUACCAACUACAUAACCCAAACGUAAAAAAAAUCUAGUAUUGCCCGAUUCAUCUAGAUUACUAGAUUUUUACUCGAUUCCAACUAUUGGGUAACGACAGUGGAAAUUUAGUAAUCGGGCGAUUGCUAGAUUUCUUCUAGUUGCAACUAUCGAUUUAUCGCCCGAUAAUCGAUCGAUUUAACUAUUGCUAGUUACACAUGCAGACGCAUCUAGUUAAAAGUCCGUUUUCCACCUAGUAAUCCAGAUGACAACUAGUCGUGUAUCACUCAAUUACAGACGAAAUCUAUCUAGAUUUGUCUCAUAGAUGAUCUUUACUUGCGAGAUUUCUUUGAAAACAGUCGAAUAUUUAGUGAGUUAACAGUUAAUCUUAACUUUUUGAGAAAGUAAGGAGUGAUUUGGUUCGAAUACUGUAAUAUUAUUAACUAGCUUCGAUUUUACAAAUAUUAUAAGAAAAGUAGCUAUUGAGCUAGGUUCAUUUUUCUGUCGAGGCAUAUUUUGUCUUAGCUGUGUUUUUUUUAUUUAAUAAAGUUAGAAAAGUAACAUCACAGUUGUUUCUUCUAUAUUAAGAACGAUAUAUUCCCUAGAGAACGUACCUGGGGCCAAGUACUUCGUCUGCGUAAUGAAGCCGGUACUUGCCUUUUUUCAAGAAGUAAAUUUACUUGUAAGUGCUUGCCAAGUACUUUCAGCAAUAAGGCAAGUAUUUCGAUCACUGACAAGUACUUAGCAAGUAAUCAAGUACGUCCUCUAGGGUUUGGUCAAUAAGAAUAUUGGCAUUGAGAAGAUAAAUAAGAGAUUUGUCUGUGUGAAGGGAAUAUUGUGCUACAAAGGACGAUAGGCCUUUAUUUAUGAAUGAGUAAAAUUUAUCCAAUUGAAGAAAUAUCUUUUUUAUUCUUUUGUCAGUUAACGAUGUUUGUUAUAUGUAGACCAUAUAAAGAAGAGAAGAGAAGAGAAAAAGAUGUCAACUAGAAAUUGUUUUGUUCUACCUAUGUGAAGUAAUAUGGAUGAUGAAAUGUCCUAUUGAAACGAUGACGAAACGGUCUACCUUAUUUGUUGCUUUUUUCCCUUUGCAAUUUCGUAAUGAUGAUUUCCCACUAUACAAAAUUUGACACAUCAGAGGUAUGUAGGCAUACGUGAUGUAAUUUCGCAAUAAUAACAAAAAUAGAGAAAAUUUUUUUAACUAUUUAAACUGAGGCGAACAAUUUUAGAACUUAUUAAAACUUUUUUAUUAUCGAAGGAAAAGAAAACGAACAAAUAUUGUUAAAUCUCAAAAUGUGUAUGUAAAGAUUUAAAAAAAACUAACGUUUCGACGUUUUAAAGAACAUGUGUUUAUGGAAAAUUGAUCAUCUAACAAAUUCAAUAGUCGUAAUUAAAGCCACAAUAAGCGAAAUGAGAAUAUCACAGAUAUGAAUUAAAUAUAUCUAAUAACAGAGUUUUUGUUUGUACAUACAAUAUAGUUUACAUAAAGAAAAAUUUAGACAUAUUAUAUCGAUUAUUAUAUUAUUAUUUAUUAAACCCCCGAUAUUUUAAUCUACUAUUCUAACUGUAAGUGUCAGUUUAAUAAUGAUUAUUCAUAUAUUUUAUGAAGACUUAGAUAUGAAUGAACUUUAAUACCAUCUAUUUUUUACCAGUUUUUUGAGAACGAAAUAGUGCCUACCAUCUUGCGACUAACCUCUCUCAUAGAUACCAUUCGAAUAUUUACUUAUUUGUUACUACGAGUAACAAAUUGAUAUUAGUUUUCUCUAUUUAACGUGUUGUCUUUCUUCAUUGUUUAUCCCUAAGAGAUAAACCGAAUCUAUUUAUUAAAUAAUUCAUGUAAGAUAAUGUUUCUUUCGAAUUAUCAACGGUUUCUUUAUCCUGAAAUUAAUAAAAUUUGUCUUUCAUUUCCAUUUAUAGAUGUCAUCGGAGUUGGAUCCAUCAUUGUUUGGGAAAAGGGUACAACAGCAACAGUUUACGUCUAUGGAUCCUAACAAGCAUAUGGCAAGUCUAUUUGGUGACUAUGAUGAGAAUGAUGAUGAUUGGGAUGAAUUGUGUGAUAAAGUACCAAAAUCUCCAUUUGUUUUAACUGGAUUACCCCCCGAGAUCGAAGAAGGAAAUGUCGAAUAUAAAUUAAAACUUGUGAAUCCAAAUCCAGAUAGAUUCGAACAUUUAGUAACUCAAAUGAAAUGGCGAUUACAGGAGGGACAAGGUGAAGCUAUCUACGAAAUUGGUGUUGAAGAUUGUGGUACAUUGAGUGGUGUCAGUGCAGAAGAGUUAGAUGCAUCGUUAACAACACUGAAUAAAAUGGCCAAUCGUUUAGGUGCAUCGAUUACAAUUUUAUAUAAGCGAAAUGUCGAUAAUGAUCGGCAGGUUGUUGAAGUACUUGUGCGGAAAGUUCCGGAUGAUCAACAUUUUAUUGAUCUAAGAGUGGCAGUACUAGGAAAUGUCGAAAGCGGAAAAAGUUCAUUAGUUGGUGUUCUUACUCACGCUGAAUUAGAUAAUGGUCGCGGUCGUGCAAGAUUAAAUCUAUUUCGUCAUUUACAUGAAAUUCAAUCGGGUCGUACUAGUUCAAUUACCCACGAAAUAUUGGGUUUUAAUAAUAUGGGCGAAAGUGUUGAUUAUCAUUCAGCUCGUACACCAAACGAAAUAUGUGAUCGUUCAUCGAAGAUUAUAACAUUCAUUGAUUUGGCUGGUCAUCACAAAUAUAUGAAAACAACAUUAUUCGGUUUAGCUGCUCAUUUACCAGAUUUUGCUAUGCUAGUUAUUAAUGGAUCGACAGGUGUUGUUGGUACAACUCGUGAACAUUUUGGAUAUGCUUUGGCAUUACAGGUGCCCGUAUUUGUUGUAAUUAAUAAAAUAGAUCUUUGUUCAAAAGUAUCUGUUCAACAAACGGUUGAAUGUUUACGUUAUUUGUUUCAACAUACUGGAAUAAACUUAGAACCAUUUUUUGUUGAGACAGCUGAUGAUGUUGUACAAGCGGCAGAUAAAUUAGUUGAAAAAAGUAUCUGUCCAAUAUUUGCGAUAUCAUGUACAACAGGUGAAAAUAUUGAUUUAUUAAAGAAAUUUCUUAAUAUACUACCGCCAAGGUUAAGUGUAAUUGAUCAAGAACGUCUCUCUAAAUUACCUGUUGAAUAUCGCAUUGAUGAAAUAUUUUCUUCUGCACAGCCAGGCUCUGUAGUGGUUGGUGGUACAUUGAGAAACGGUACAGUUCAUGAAGGAGAAAAUUAUUUAGUUGGACCAUUAAGCAAUGGUGAUUUUAUACCAAUUAAAGUAACAAAGAUUCAACGAUAUCGUGUUCCAAGACGAAUGGUUCGAGCAGGUCAAUCGGCUUCACUAAGUAUACCACAUAUUGAAGGUAGCAAACUACGAAAGGGUAUGGUUAUUGUCUCAUCGACAUCAAAUCCAAUAGCUUGUUAUGAUUUUGUGGCUGAAAUUUAUUUACUUCAUCAUGCAAAUUCAAUACAAAAAGGUUUUCAAGCCACUGUACAUAUUGAAAACGUUCGACAAACAGCGCAAAUUAUUGCUAUGGAUAAGGAUGAAUUACGUAUGAAUGAACAUGCCAUAGUGACAUUUCGAUUUAAACUUCGAUCUGAAUACGUACCGGAAGGUUCACAACUUAUAUUUCGUUCGGGUGAAACAAAAGGUGGUGGACGAGUGAUACGAAUUAUACCAUGUUAG